ACUUUUAACCAYUCGGYCAUUGUGAUCAUCGCGUUCACUUUUGCUUGGCAAGUCUCUUUCGAAUCUUUCUUCGCUCGCAUGCUUGCGCUGCCGCCGCUGUUUUUCGUGAUUCGCUUUGUUGGAAGUGAUUAAUGGACUUUUCGGUGAAUUAUACACAGAAGCGAAUUAGCAUUGCUCGCCAAUUAUGUACUACACCAAUAAUUAAGUGUGCAGAAUAAAAGCAAAUAGGCGCUAGCACGCGCACUCACCAGAAACCACAUAAAACAACAACAAUUUCGUGUAAACGGCAGAUCGUAAUAAUAAAGUGGAAAACACAUUUGAAUAAAUGCGCUGUAAAAAGUUGGAAACUAUUUGCAUACCAAGGAGACUCCACGAAAAGAAAAGUAUCUCCGCGCGUCAUUUUAGCAGUCGGUAUUCGACGGCCCAUUCAGCGCCACCGCAUAACCGUUUCGUUUGUCUUGUGUACAGCACGUGAAAGUGGAAAUUCCGCGCGCACCUAACCAAAUCCGCAACUGAAAUUCCGGUGGCGCAAUCGCAGUGCCAAUAAAAAGCUUGCAAAUUGUGUAAAUAAGGAUCGUUUUGACACCGCGUCGCCGUUCAACGGCAAUACUCGUAAAGUUCGCAAAUUGAGUGUUAAGUGUGCCUGGACACCUGUUUCACGGCGCAUAAAYGGCKGCGUAGACGGCCAGUACGUCCUUGUGUGGGAGCUGUUUGUGGRGGAAAACACGUUUGCAUGCGGAAAUGCACGGCAUGUUGGAGGCAYUCAAGCUGUGAGCAGUCCAUGCAACAAACAGUGAAUAAUGUGAUUAAAGAUGUUUUUUCUGCCUCGCUCACUUUUACUAUGUCUCAUCAUUUUUGUGCCAAUCGCAGCAACAACAACACGCAGUUUCAAUUAUCUACAGUUUAAUGCAGGUUGUGGAACGCGCUCCAGYCGACGUGAACCACGCGCAGUAGACUCAGCUCAGGAAACACAAAAACAAGUGAAUCGUACCGCUCGCAUAAUAUCUGGUGCUCCCACGAAAGAUGGUCAAUAUCCAUGGCARGCAUCACUCGAGCUUUUACACCCGUCAAUGGGAUUCUUAGGCCACUGGUGCGGCGCCGUACUUAUUCAUCCAUAUUGGAUACUUUCCGCAGCACAUUGCAUACAUAAUGAUCUCUUCAACCUACCUAUACCGCUGCUAUGGACCGUCGUACUAGGUGAACACAAUCGGCUCGAAGAGUCCGGUUAUGAACAACGCGUUCCUGUCGACAAAAUCAUACUACAUAAACGCUACCAUAACUUUCGGCAUGAUCUCGCGCUCUUAAAGCUCUCUAGUCCGGCUAAUUUGGCAAAAACAUCCAACAUUCGUGUAAUCUGUCUGCCGUUUGCAUUCAAUGAGCAGUCACUGUCGGAGAUAAGCUUGCCGAGCAGUGACGAGGAGAUAGUYGCCGAAGGUGAACCAGAAGAUCCUUUGGAGCCGGGACUGUCAGGUGUGCCGGAUUUAAAUGACAAUUUCCUACGAAGCGUGCAAAAGGUGCGACGCAAUCGGAACGUAACGCUGCCCAGUAUGCGUGAACUAAUGAACACAAAAAUACUGAGUCGCUUGAAGCAGACAGACAUGCAGCGGCAARGACGCAUGCUACAUUCGACACGCCGACGAAAUGACAAAUUGAUGAAAGUGCAAGGAAACUAUCGAGAAUACGAGGGCAGCGCAGAUUCGCGCAAGCACUACUGGGCGGAUGGCGAAGAGCUAGAAGAAUACAGAGAUCUGCCUUACAGCGAUUGUGUGGCGACGGGUUGGGGUAAAUCAAAUGUCAGCAGUGACCUGACGAAUGUGCUACUGAAGACGCGAGUACCGCUGCACAACAGCGAGAGAUGCAGAGCGGCGUAUGGMAGUUUCGUGAAGAUCCACCGUGGUCACUUGUGCGCCGGUAAGCUGAACGGCAAAGGCGGUACUUGUGUGGGGGACUCAGGUGGUCCACUGCAGUGCAGGCUCAGCAAAAGCGGACCGUGGCUCUUGGCCGGAAUAACGUCAUUCGGCUCGGGCUGUGCCAUGGAGGGCUUCCCGGAUGUUUAUGUGCGCAUUUCAUACUACAUGAAAUGGAUCCAAGACACUAUAGCGAAGGAGUAGCCAAGAGAAGCAUAAGCGUACCUAUGUAUAUACAUAUAUAUUAUAGUAUUAUAUAAUAUAUACGCAUACUUAUAUGUAAAUACCAGAUAUAAAUAAGGGUAGCAUAAGUAAGAAAAUGAAAAUGCGAGGCUUUUCGAAAUUGUAUUAUU